CCUACAGGAACGAACGAGUAGCACGGUCGGCCACUAGUCUGACAUCGAGGGAUGUCCCACACCGAGGAAUCGCAGGCGAACUAAACGGACGGAAUUUCUUUCCACUAUGUCGACAGAAAGGCUCGAUCAAAGUUGAUCAACUCCAUGGGUGUCGGUGGAGGGCGAUGCCGAGUGAACACGGGGACAUUUCUAACCAGGCGAACUGAGACAUUAUCUGGGAAUUUCAGCCAGAUGGCAGAAUAGCUGGGAUUCAACCGAAAAGAGUUGGCAACAUUGUUUGGCCGACGUCUAGCGAGCACUUCCUGCAUUAUCAACAUAGGUCUACCAUGUUAGAUGGCGCCAUGAUUCUCCUGCUCUGCGUUGCCGUGGCGCUGCCCGUCUCCAGUGUGCAAGAUGUGCUGGCUCCCAGUACAGUCGAAUGUGCGUGUGACGGGGCCCAGUGUUCCCCUGGCAACCGCUGUUUUGGCCAGCGAUGCUUCUCCGUGACGGAGCUUCUGAACAGGACGGACGCCGUUCAGCAGAGGACGGGGUGCAUCAUGGGAGAGGAAGGGGAGGAGAGACAAGGAGGAGAGGGGGAGGGGUCAGGAGGAGUGCGGUGCGGUAGUCCCGGAGUCCACUGCUGCCAGGCCGCCCUGUGCAACAUGAACGUUUCCACGGAAACACCAAUCAGAGAGGGGGCGCCAUCACCAUCACCAACAACAGCAGCAGCAGCAGCAGCCGCCGCCGUGCCCGAGGCGAGGGAGCUGGUUCCCGACUACCAGGGCCAGCAGCAGCAGCCGCAGGCGGAGGAGGACGAGGAGCAGGAGUGCGUGUGCGAGGGCACGGUGUGCCCGGCGGGCGGUCGCUGCAUGGGCCGCCAGUGCUUCUCCUCGCUCUCCCUCAACAACGGCGUGUUCGUGUACCAGAAGGGCUGCUUCAAGUCGCUGGACCAGAUCAAGCUGACCUGCAAGACGCCCCCGUCCUCCACCCAGGCGGUGGACUGCUGCACGGGACACCUCUGCAACAUCAACCGCACCGCCGAGCUCCCCGUCAGAGCGAGUGACGGGCGGGGCUCCAGUGCGACCACGCUGGCGGUGGUGGUGGUGGCUCCGGUCAUCGUGCUGGUGGUGCUGUCCUCGGUGGCCAUCCUGGUGUUCCGCCGCAUCCACCGCAACCAGAUGGAGCGGCUGACAGCCCGCGACGCUGAGUACGGAACCAUCGACGGCCUCAUCGCCUCCAACGUGGGCGAGAGCACGCUAGCGGACCUGCUGGAUCACUCCUGCACCUCUGGCAGUGGCUCGGGCCUGCCGUUCCUGGUGCAGAGGACUGUGGCCAGACAGAUAACGCUCAACGAGUGUGUGGGUAAGGGGCGCUAUGGCGAGGUGUGGAGGGGCCAGUGGCAGGGCGAGAGCGUGGCCGUCAAGAUCUUCUCCUCGCGAGACGAGAAGUCCUGGUUCCGCGAGACGGAGAUCUACAACACGGUGCUGCUGCGGCACGAGAACAUUCUGGGCUUCAUCGCCUCGGACAUGACGUCGCGCAACUCCAGCACGCAGUUGUGGCUGAUCACGCACUUCCACGAGAUGGGCUCGCUCUACGACUACCUGCAGCUGAGCACGCUGGAGGCGGCGGCGUGCCUGCGGAUGGCGCUGUCCAUCGCCAGCGGCCUGGCCCACCUGCACGUGGAGAUCUUCGGCACGCAGGGCAAGCCGGCCAUCGCUCACCGCGACCUCAAGAGCAAGAACAUCCUGGUCAACAAGAACGGCCAGUGUUGCAUCGCCGACCUGGGGCUGGCCGUGAUGCACUUCCAGGACACCAACGAGCUGGAUGUGGGCAACAACCCCAAGGUGGGCACCAAGCGCUACAUGGCCCCCGAGGUGCUGGACGACUCCAUCCAGAUGGACUGCUUCGAGUCCUACAAGCGAGUGGACAUCUGGGCCUUUGGUCUGGUGCUGUGGGAGAUAGCGCGGAGAACCGUCAGCAACGGAAUAGUAGAAGACUAUAAGCCUCCCUUCCACGAUGUUGUUCCAAGUGACCCCAGCUUUGAAGAUAUGAAAAAGGUUGUGUGCAUAGAUCAACAAAGACCCAACAUCCCCAACAGAUGGUUUUCAGACCCAACUUUAACAUCCAUCGCAAAGCUCAUGAAGGAGUGUUGGUACCAGAACCCGUCUGCCAGGCUAACGGCGUUACGCAUCAAAAAGACUUUGACAAAAAUCGACAACUCUCUGGACAAAAUCAAAGCGGACUGUUGAACUCCUUCCAGAUGGAAGGACACCCCCUACCCCCUCCUAAAGGCCUUUAACUGAAGUCCAGCUGGAGCUGAGAAGUCCUGGACUGCACACGCCAGGACCAUCUUCUCCCCGGAUGUGUAGUGCUCUUAUAGUGGCACAUUGUAUUUAUUUUAAACUCUCAAUGGGACACAUUUUGGCAUCCAAAGAUGGUGUAGUGGGCAUUUAAGACAUGAAAAGAGAAAGAUCUGGAAGAAGACCACUGAGUCUUUAAUAUUUGGUGACUAUCCCUUUUAAGACAUAGGAGCUUUCCCACAUAGUCAUAUUCUUCAAGGAAGAAGAAAAAAACUUGGGCAUUUUAGACGAUCAUACAUUUUCACGUUUCUUUGUUUUUUUGUUUUGUUUUUGACACAGCAUUGAUUUUGGAAAAAAAGGAAAUGUCUGAAAAAGAAUAUUUCAUUUAGCAAUAUUGUAUGUGCUUUAUUUCCUUCAUUGCACUAGCAAUCUUUGCAUUCCUUACUUGCACUGUUACAGAUGCGUUUGGAGAGAAAACAAAUCGUCAACUUGCCAAAAAAAAAGGGGUGGGGGGAGUUCCUUUGUGUUCCACAAUCACCAUAUCUCUAUAGUAAUCGAAGAGACAAAACACAGUAAACAAAGGAACUAGUGUAUCUUUGGCUGCAUCUCUUGCACUGGUGUUUACAAAAGGACGUUCCUUGUUCAAUUUAUGACAAAAACCUGUAAUUUAUUUAACAUACUAAUGUUUCAAUAGCGCUGCAGCUUUAGUCACUCACUCUCUCUCUAUAUUUCUCCCUCUCUCUCUCUCUCUUUCUCCCUCUCUCUCUCUUCCUUCUUCUGAGAUGUCUGAUGUAUCCUGUUACAGAGUCUUUUGUAUAUCACCAAGCAUUUAGCAUUAUGUAUCUGUUAUUGUUUGUUUGUUUUCAUAAGCUUUAUUUGAUACAGAUGCUAAAAGAGUAAAUAAAAAUUUACUAGAUGAUGCUGAACUCAA